UUUUGUUAAUUUGUUUACCAACGAAAGACGAAAGUUUUUGGGAUUUUGGAAAUCCUCUCGCUAGAACUAGAAAGCUUUGAUAAAAUUGGAGCAAGAGUUAAGAUUUUGAUUUGGGAAUAAGCUACUUAAAAUGUCAGCUUAUUCGGUGAAUAUAUCGGUGGAGGCGCCGAUUGAAAACCAGAUCCAGGAAAUCACUUACGAUGGCCAAGAAAUUUACCAAGCGCCCCCGACAAUGUCGGAACAUUUGACGAAAUUAGCACAGAAAAUCGACUUUGCCAAAACGGGCCCUGAAGAUCUGAACAAGGACAUCGCGGAAAUUGAUAAAAAUGAAGAGGAGGGUGACCAGUCAAAGGCACCACCAUUGUGGCCAUGGGAUUCUGUUAGAAACAAGCUAAGAAAUGCUCUAACGGAAGCAUCCGUCCUUGCUGACGUCCUAACCAUUGCUAAGGAGCGGCAUUACAUGGUCCUAGACCCAGUGCCUCAGGAUCCACCUGAGCAGAAGCAAAUGGUUCAGGUGUAUGCAAGGAAAAAGGCUCUUGGAGGCGCAGCGUCUGUUCUCUUGUCGGGUGCCGACCGUUUGAAAAAUUCACAGGCUGAAGCCCUGAGGAACAGAACAAGUACUCCUGAUUUCCACGUCGAGUUGCUCAGAUUGAGACAAAACUUCCGGCUUAAAAAGGUGUCCAACACCAUCAUCGGAGACUUGAGUUAUAGGACUGCUGGAUCGAAAUUCGCUCAAAACGGAACUUUCGAAGUGACCAAAGCUGAAGACGACCCCGAGAACCCUUUGAGUCCACCGUGUUCCCCAAACGCUAGUGCUCCAAGCAAGGCAGUUUCGGCUCUACGAGUCACUGUCCCAAGUGAACUCCAGGGAGUUGCUUUUAUCAAAGUUUACUUCCAAAAAGACCAAGAGACUUUGUGUUCUAACAAGCUGAACAUGCCAGCUCCAAGCACAGCAAACGCUAUACCUGACAUGUACUGGCAACCAAAACUUGAAGCUGCUCAAAAUGUUCUUUUCUGCAAAGAGCUUUUCAACCAGCUUGCAAAAGAUGCCGUGCAGAUCCAGUCACCCAUUCCUCAUAUGGUCGUUGGCAAUCAAAUCAUUGCUUCGGUUCUUCCUGGUGUACAAUUAGUAAUUGGAUUGUGUCACAGUGGUGUUGCAACUGAUGGCAAAACGACAGCACCCCCUCCUCAAAGCAACGGGCACGAUCAUGUCCUCGAACACACCUUGCACCAGUUGCUUCGAGAGCUGCACCACAAGAAUACUCACCACCCAUUCCCUCAUCCUUCCUCUGGACCCAUUGGCCCAAGCAAAAGACGUUGUUUGGCUGGGCCCUGUGCUUCAGACAGAUACGAGCUUCUGCAGAUGACUCAAACGCAAACCAUGCUUGAACAAGUUAUUCAACAAGCUCAGCACAUCAACAUUAGGGACAGGACAUUGUGCGUUCUGGACAGACUAGCAAAGGAGUUUAAAGACCCACUUAUCACAUCACACUGGAAUGCACUCAAUUCGCCUACCCAGUCCUGCGUCAAAAUCAAUAUCGUUGCUCAUGGCUAUGACACGAUUUGUAGGACGUCUCUGCUGCUUCGAGUUGGAGAAAAGGCAAUCAAGUGCAUCACAAGGGACGGACGAGUUGUCCAUAUGUCCUAUGAGUCGCAAGAGCUCAGAGAUUUUAUUCUUUGCCAGGUUUAUCAACAUCAAAUCACUGCUGUACAAAAUCUAGCAAAGUGUAUGGGAUGGCAAUGCCUGGCAAACAGUUCUCAGCUUGGAAUAGGGUCAGUGGAGCCCCUUGGAAAUGCUAGCAGUUGUAUUCUGGCAUCGCCAACUGGAGAGAGGUUGAUAUCGGUUCGUUGUGAGCCAAAAUCAGGAGUGCAAGUUGCAAUCGCGCAAUCCCCGAGAAAAGAUUUCUUCCCAGGGCAGUUAGUCAAAGAGCGGAAGUGGGAAAAUCUCGGCGGAAGUUACAAAGAAGUAAGAUGGGAUAAAAUGGAAGGGAAAAAUUUCCUUAACAAAAUGGAAUUAUUGAUGGCAAGCUUGACAAGUUCUUAAUUAUUCCAUAAAACAUAAAAUUUAUGUUGUGUAUAAUAGAUAAUAAAUAAUUUUGAAUUUAUCGCCAUAACUUCUUUAUUUUCAUUUUGUGAAGCUACAAUGUUCAUUUUAACAAAUUUGAAAUAGACAGACAGUUUUACAUGAAGUACUGAAUGGAAAACUUAACAAAAUAAACUUGAAAAAGGAAAAUAAAUACAAAACCCCCAACACCAAUAAUAAAGGGUAAACAUUUAG